AUGCGUCCGUCCCUCGCGCUCCGCUUCUCUUCAUCCGCCAACACGCGCCGAGCACAGCUCCAGAUCCAACUGACGCUCUUCACCCGCGCCAACUGCGGCCUGUGCGACGUGGCCAAGGCGCGCGUCGGCGACUUCACCACCGCCGACACCCGGGACAAACACCAACACCAGAACCAGCUCAAGAACCAGCUCAAGAACCAGCUCAAGAACCAGCUCAAGAACCAGCUCAAGGACAACAGCAAAAAUGAGGAUCGGGAGAAAGACAAACACGCAGCAGCAGCAGCAGCAGCAGCAGCAGCAGCACCCAUCGUCAACUACACGUACGCCGAAAUCGAUAUCAUGGACCCGGCGCAGAAGCGGUGGAGAGACGUCUAUGAAUUCGAUGUCCCCGUGCUGCACAUCGACAGCUUACCCGUGAGAGACACGACGACGGGUGCAGCUUCUCAGAAUGACUACGGCGACUACGUCCCAACCCUCGAUGCCGCCAAGAAGCUCAUGCACAGGUUUACGGUGGAGGAAGUGGCAAAGGCGGUUGACGAGGUGGUUGAGCGAGGUGGUUGA